GUUGCCGAGUCAUUAUAAUAGCAGAACAUCUGCUUUGGGAUGAGCAAAAGCCCACCUUACCAGUCUACCUCAUAGUCUCCUCCGUAGAGGAGUAAGUCCACUAUGGCCUCCCAAUCCUCGGAGGACAAACCAGAAAACCCAGGUGUUGCUGAGGUUCAGCAAGAUGUUGCAGCUGAGCCUCCUAAGCAGACUGCUACCCCAUCGGUGUUUGUGCAUUCGGAACCAAUGAGAGAGGACCAGGUGCAAAAUGCUGUCAAGUUUCUUUCGCACCCAAAAGUUAGGGGAUCUCCUGUCAUGUACAGGCGCUCUUUUCUUGAGAAGAAGGGGCUUACGAAGGAGGAGAUUGAUGAAGCAUUUCGACGUGUGCCUGACCCGCCUUCAAGUGCACAGGCAACUACUGCGAAUCAAGCUGAUGGACAGAUGAAGACAACAAACGUUCAGGCACAAAAUUUGCAGCCUGCAGCAACUGCUACUGCUAAUUCCACUGCCCCGGUGGGUACCUUAGCUCGGUACAGAUUCCACUGGUCUCAUGCCAUUCUUGGUGUAGGAUUACUGGCAGCUUCAGGUUGUGGAACUGCUGUACUUAUUAAGAAUGUUAUUAUUCCUAGGUUGAGGUCUUGGGUACGGAAAGUUGUAUCGGAGGAUGACAAUGACGUUGAAAAGGAAACUGACAAGAAACCAAGUUUAGCAGAAGAAGCUGCAGCGGCAGCUAAAUCAGCUGCAGCUGCAGCAGCAGAUGUGGCAAAAGCAAGCCAGGAAAUGCUGAAUUCUAAGACUGAAGAGAGGAAAUACUUUGGGGAACUCAUGAGUUUGUUAGAUGUGCAAGUGCAAGAAAUGAAGUCAAUGAGUAAUUCCAUACGGAGAUUGGAAGGAGAAACAAGGGCCUCAAGAGCCUCCCUUGUUGAUCAUGAAGAUAGUCGACUCACAGUCACAAAGUCAAAGCAACAAUAUGUGAAUGGCAAGGCAGAGUAUGACAUGCACUCAGUGCAAUCUUUCUCAGCUCCUGCAUCUGUGGAACCAUCUACUGCACCUCACUCAAAGUCUUAUAUGGAGAUCAUGGCCAUGGUACAAAGAGGGGAGAAACCUCCUAAUGUCAGAGAAAUAGAUGAUUUACCCCCCAAUCCUAAUCAGCCACCAUCAAAUCCUCGCUUGGCACCUAGAGCUAAGCCUUGGGAGCUUGGUCAGACACAAAACAACUCGAGCCAAGUAUAUCAGUCCCAAACAAGCGGCGAAGCGUUCAGUUCAAGCAUGCAGGAUAAUGGGCUCAAUUAUUUAAAUGGUGACAGUUCAGUGCCUUGGUGGCAGCGGAAAACUCCCAGUAUCACAGAAAUAGAAAAUGAAGAUGAAAUCAAGGCAGCUAGUUCGCAAGUAGUUAGGCAGCCGGUUCAGCGUGCAUGGGUUCCUCCCCAGCCACCCCCAGUUGCAAUGCCAGAAGCAGCUGAAGCCAUCCGACGGCCAAAACCAUCAGUGCAGCGAGAAUCUCUGGGUAAUGAUCAGCUUGUAGCGCAUUCAUCAUCAGAUGUGACUGAUGAGUUACAGAGGGUAACAAAAAUAUCCGAGUCUGGAGGUGCGUUGGAUAUGAACAAUGGGAGUGCUGCAGAAAUCAGUAAUGGGAAUUCGUAUCUGAACUCCACAGAGAUACAUGAAGAGCAAGAAAGCUAUUAGUAAUCCGGCUUUCAUUUCAUUUAACAGCUAAGAUUCCAUCGUCGGCGAUCAACCUGCAAACUAUUCAGAGUGGGAGUCUCGGACUUGCACAACAAAUACAUGCGAGGUUGAGAGACAGUGAGAUAGCAAAAGUUGUUGUUAGUUCACAUUAUAUAAUAAGUUUGCCGAAAGCAGAACUUGAGGAAAUGGGGAUAAUGUAGAGUUGGACACUAGUGCACAAACCCACCCUUCUUGUCUUGCAUUAGGGGCAUACGUGUGUUUAUUUCCAAAGUGUCUAUUGCAGGCUCUUCUUGGUGGUGUUACUGCUUCUGAUAUAUUAAUCUAUAUACAGAUGUGGUUUCAUGCUU